ACUGGUGCAUAAAAACAAAAUCUCUUCUCUUCCAUUGUUAAAAGAAAAAAAAAGGAGUUUGCAUAUAUAUUGCGUUAUAAGAUUAAUAAUUUUUGUUCAAAAAUUCAUUUUAAUAAAAAAAAAUUACUAGAGACGGAGAUUGUAACUGGAUUAUAAUUUUCAAAAGAUAUAUACAUACAUAUAGGGAAAAUUUUGGUCUUAUUUCUGAGUAGGGAUUGCGAGCCAGUUACCAUGAGCACCAUAUCUCCUGCAGCGGAAUUGGAGGCCAUUACAGCUGUCGACAAGGAGCUGGAUCGUGUAAUCAAUAAGUUUACUGAGAUACGUGAAAAUGCAGCGGCGGAAAUCAAUGAUGUUGCCUCACUGCUGGAAGAGCUUUUGCAGGUUUUGGCCAGAGCUGAGCAGGAAAUGACGGGAACUAUUAACACCGGCACACAGGUGGAUACCGAUGAUCAUAUGACCGAUGAAGCAGAAAUGCUGGUGGAGAUGGAGCCAGCUUCAACACCCCGCUUGACCGAGAGUCAAAUAUCCAUUAUAACAGAGGCUUUGCAAAAAACCAAUGAGAAAUUACAACGUUUGUCCAGCGAACAUCGUGAAUUGCAUGGUGCCGUCUCUAAAGUGGGCAAAGUUAUAGAUCGCAAUUUUAUUUCGGAUUUCACUGCCACCACCAGAACUGAUGCCUUGCAGGAUGAAGAUAAUAUAAUGCUUUUGAACAAGGUUAUGGCCAAACAUUAUUGCAGGCAGGGCAUGGAUGAUGUGGCACAAUUGUUGAUUAAAGAAUCCAAAAUGCCGGAGGAAAUGGCUCGCGAAGUUUUUGAAUCAGAGCGUAGUUUUGCUGAGAUUUUUCGCAUCUGGAAGGCUAUACAACAGCAUGAUUUAAGCUUGGCCCUGGAGUGGACAUCAAGAUAUUCUAAUGAACUCAUAGCCAAGAAUUCAACAUUGGAAUUUAAGCUACAUCGUUUGGCCUUCUUACAGAUAAUAUCGAAGGGUAUAUCGGCUCAAAGUGAAGCUAUAGCAUAUGCACGCAAUAAUUUUCAUAAGUUUAUUGAUCGCUUUGAGCAGGAAAUACCAAAUUUAAUGGGUUGCUUUAUAUAUUUACCUUCGGGUAUAGAAAACUCACCCUACAAGCAUUUGAUUUCGCCAGAAAUGUGGACUGAGGCUUCGUAUAUAUUUUUGAAAGAUGCAUGUCAUACCUUGGGCAUAAGUAAGAAUUCAGCUUUGUCGGUGGUCAUAAAUGCUGGAUGUACAGCUCUACCAGCUUUGCUCAAUAUAAAACAAGUUAUGCAAUCCCGUCAAGUUCUUAAUAUUUGGAGCGGUCGUGAUGAAUUGCCCAUUGAAAUUGAUUUGGAUCCUGAGUAUCGUUAUCACUCCAUAUUCGCUUGUCCCAUCCUAAGACAACAAACCACAGAGGAAAAUCCACCCAAAAAGUUAACCUGUGGACAUGUCAUAUCCAAUGAUGCUCUACAUAAACUCAGCAAUGGUCACAUACUCAAAUGCCCCUAUUGUCCGGUAGAACAGAAUGCGGAAGAGGCUGUCAGGAUUUAUUUUUAAAUUUUGGUUACCAUAUUCGAUUUGGCGUAUAUACUAAUAACGUAAUAUGUAGACUUAGCCUUUAUUUUAUUAUGUAUUAUUGUAACUUGUAACUGUCACAUUGUUUCUGCUGGAAAAGAUGGAGAGCUUUUACGUGUGUGGAUGGUUGAAUGGAAGGAUGAAUAGAUAAAAAUGAUUGUGUAACGUGUUAAUUACUGUAGGAGAAAUAAAAAUGCCAAUUCUUUUUCUUCUUCGAAGAAA